AGGAUACUUUGCCCUCCUCUGCUGUCCAGCGAAUCACCUCAUUGGUGGAUGAGUGAUGGGGGAAGUGCUGCUUCUCUGUAAGUUAAGUACCUUCUGCCAGUAAAAGUGUUGAGCCGAAGACAAAAAGAAAGAAAGUGCUGUUUUUAAGAGCAUUUUAAGUAGUAGAUGGUGGAGAAAAGUUGACUUUAUUCCGGUAUUUUUAUCGUUCCGCCAUGGAGUUUGGUGAAGAGUCGUCGCCCGCUCUGGCUUUCGAGAAGGACGCGUUCGAGCUUACGGUUGAAGAUGUCUAUGACAUUUCGUAUGUAAUCGGACGAGAUUUGUUGAAAAUAAGCAGCAAGGGGGAAGAAGUGUCGGAUUUACAGUUCAGAAUAGUACGUGUUCUGGAAAUGUUCGAGACUUUGGUCAACAAGUACAACUUGUCUCUGGAGGAGCUGAAAAUGGAGCGGGACAACUUGAAGAGUGAACUGGACAGGAUCAUCAAGGAGAGCUCCUCCGGGCAGGGCACGCAAACGGCGGGACCAAACCAGCUGGUGGUGGACCUGACAGACCCCAAUAGACCGCGCUUCACCAUGCAGGAGCUGAAGGAGGUCCUGCAGGAGAGGAACCAGCUGAAGGCUCAGCUCAUGGUGGCUCAGGAGGAGCUUCAGCUGUACAAGAGUGGGAUUCUGCCACAGGCUGAACCAGCCCUGGUGGAAGUGGACCUGGAAACACCAGCAGCUACAGAGCGCAGUCCAGCCACGAUAAAUGAUACAAAAGAGGAGAGGACAACCAUAGGCAAACUGUUUUCAUUCAGGCGAAAAUAAGGAAAACUUUUCACACGACCAUGUUGAAGAUAAACAGGAUUUGUCUGCACUAUUUUCUCAUCAGUUAACCACUUUUAUAUUGACUAUUUUUUACAAUGUGUAUUUGUCAAUCUAACAAGCACUGUAUUUUGUACUGGUAAUUCUAACCUGAGAUGGUUUAUAGUAAUAGAGAGUUACUGUAGUAGAUAUACAUAUUACAUGGAAUGUUUGGUGAAGAUAUCAAAUGAAACUGGAAAGUAUUAUCUAACUAGUGUUGGCGAUUAUGUUGAAUGCAUUCACUCAAAAUGAAGUUAUUUAUAGGCUUGAAAAUGUAUUUUUUUUAUAAAUCAAAAUGAAGUCAAGGGGCUUCAUGUGGGUCAAGUAAUCUAAAACAUUUUGUCACUCUCAACUGUCAGCUAUGAAAUAAAGGAAAAAGGGCCCCACCCCCAUUUAAGUGUAAUAAAAUGUUAUUACAUUUUUCAUUGUA